CGACUGAAACCUUUGAAGUUUUGAUUCCUUAAGCAUACUGUAACGAAAUGAAUCGACCAAUCGGACUUUGUUUACAUUUGCACUUCUAUUUCGCGCCAGUGUGUUGACAAGAGGACCUGGCAACCUGCGCGGUCGCAUGGCGUUGACGUUCGUCGACAACUAAAUGCGUAAAAGCGCAGAACUAGAGGAGAUAGAUGAGCAGCCGAAACGCCGUGUUGACAUUUAAGUAUUCCUGAACCACAAGCACAGAAGCUAGUGACAUUUAUGCACCACGCCCCGUCCACCUGUUGGUCCGACGGGAGUUCUGAUGCUCGCCCGCCGGAGACGCGGGCGCUCCUCCAGCCGCGCCGCUUCUACGCGCCGCAGCUCUGGCUGCAGCUCCGCGGCCACUUUGCACAGAGGAACCACAGAAACAUGGACCUCAUCUCCAAACCCAGGAGCAAAUCCGUGGUGUGGACAUACUUUGGGCUGAAAGCGGAUGAGAGGGGACAGCCUCUGAACACCGGGGAGGUCAUCUGCCGCCUGUGUCGGAAAAUAGUGCUCGCCAAAGGAGGCAACACCACCAAUCUGCGGAGCCAUCUGACGCGUCGCCAUCGCGCUGAUUUCUAUGAGCUCACUUCCUUCGCGACUGCUGGUGCUUCGUUUGAAGCUCAAGGUCUGGACCUCAGUCACGAAGAACUGAACGAGGACGUGCCGCUCCUCCAGACGCCUUCCAACUCCAGCUACGUCCCGGACGCCGUGGUGCCGCCGGGCGAGCCGUGGCUCCACGGCGGGCCCUCCAGGGCCGUGCUGUCCCUGCCCGCCUGCCUCUGCCUCCGCGCGGACGCUGCGUCCUCUGGCGACGAGCAGGCGGAGAUGAAGGUGUACGCCAAGUGUCAGCUUCAGCAGGGGGUCCUGUUUGGGCCCUUUUUGGGAGAGCUGUGCAAGGGGCAAACGCUGAACAAGCUACGAUACGCCUGGGCUAUCCGAGAUGAUUUUGCCUUCACAUACGUCGACGCAUCGGAUGAGAACAAAUCUAACUGGAUGAGAUACGUGUCGUACACGAGCAACGAGGACGAACACAACCUGGUGGUUUUCCAGUUUUACCGCCACAUCUACUACAAGGUGUCCCAGCCCAUCUCGGAGGGGGCGGAGCUCAAAGUCUGGAUCGGGAAGGACUACGCCUCGCUUUUGGGUCUGGGGAUGGGUGACAAUGCAAAAUGUGAGAUCGGGGACAAGGAAACCGCCCUGCGCCUUCUGCAGGACAUCCAGCUGGUCACCCUCCCAGAGCCGAGCAGCACGGCGCUCUGGUCGGACAGCAGCCAAUCACAGAGCCCCAUGCCCGUCAUCAGCGAGGUGACGACCGUGUCCAACCCGGAGGCGACCAGCGAUUCGGGCUCGGCGCCCAGCUCCGCCUUCCCCCCCGCCAUUCAGAGCCCGUUUCUCUACACCAGCUCCAGCGUGAUCGACAAAUACGACUUCCUGCCCGGCAGCGAGAAGCUGCUGAGCAACCCCAACGCUCACCAGCACAGCGCCUGGCAGUUCUUCGGUCUGGAGCCGGACCCCACCGGCCGGCCUCUGGACCGAAACACGGCCGUGUGCAAGCUGUGCAUGGAGCGCGUGAACUGCGGCGGGGGGGCGACGGACCUCCAGAGCCAUUUGACCGCCAAGCAUCACCUGAAGCCGCGCGACAUCACCAAGGACCGCAUCCUGGCGGCAGGUCAGCGUAUCGUUCCUGUGAUGGCUCCCAGCGGCGUUCACAGCGGCCCGCCUGCGGCGACGUCGGCUCAGGUGACCAACGCCAUCACCAGCUUCCUCAUCAGGGACCUCCAGUCCCCAGCUCUGGUAGAAGGAGAAGGCUUCAAGCAGCUGCUGCACACGCUCCUGCCCUCCUACAAGGAGCUGCUCACGUCCCAGCAGCUGCAAAGCGUCCUGAGAGACCACUACAUCAAAGCCAAGGUGAACCUCAUCCAGCUGCUGAGGAGCAAAACCGCCAGCGUGGGCGCGGAGGAGGUCAGCGACUACACCGCCCCCAUCGAGUUCGAGCCCCGGAGAGCGGCGCGGCCUCCGAACCACCAGAGGGCGGUCUCCCACUUCGUCACCCUGAGCGUGGACGUGUGGCUCCACAGCUGGCAGGGCAGUCGCCAGCAUUACCUCACCCUCUGGGCGCACUACAUAGACGAUGACGACUUCAGCCCUCGCAACCUGGCGCUGGCCACCCAAAGACUGGAGGAGGGCGGAGCUAAAGACUUGAACCUCCAGGCCGUGGAGACGCAGGUGAAGGCGCUGGCGCAGGAGUGGGGGGUCAGCCGGCCCAACCUGGUCCUGUUGGGUGUGGAGGGCAAGCACAGGAUGAGGCUGAGGCCCAUAAAGACGGAGAAGGGCCUGGAGGCUUCGGGGAGCGCCCCCCACCCAAAUUCCACCACCUUCCUAGAGAGGGACGACUCGGCGUCGCCCGAGGAGCCGCAGGCCUCGCCGGAGCAUUUCAGCGAGGGCCUUCCAUCCGUGCCGUGCUUCUUCAGCGCCGUGCAGGCCUGCGUCGAGGAGGUGAUGCUGCACCCGGUGAUCUUCAAGACCCUGGGCCAGUUCCAGGGCUUCCUCUCCGCCCUGCUGCUGCCCCCGGCUCAGAGGAAGGGCCUGUACCACCACCACGCGCGGAAGCUGCUGCACGGCCUGACCAGGGCGGAGCAGGACCGCGUGAAGGUGUGGGCUCACGGCCAGCCCACCUGGAACUCCCUGUAUCCGUCGCUCAACGCGCUCGUCAAGCACAAGAGCCUGAUCUGCGACAUCGUGAAAGACAUUAACGCCGAAAGCCUGGCGCGCGAGGAGACGGCCGGCGAGUCGUUGGCCGGCUACCGCGCCAACUCCACCUCCAGCGCAACGUCGGCGGCGGGCCUGCCGACGUUGCGCUGCGAGUGGAAGGUGGUGGAGGAGCUCUGCUUGGUCCUCAAACCUCUGGAUGUGGCCUGUAGGACUUUGGCCAAGGAGGCCUUCCCGCGUCUGUCCCUCGUCAAACCCAUCCUCACGGGGCUGCUCUCUCGCCACCUGGUGCCCCGGCCGGGCGAUUCCUCGUCCAUCCUGAAGGAGGUGAAGAGGACGAUGAGGCGGAGCCUGGCGAGCUGCUACGACAGCCCGGCGGUGAACAGGAUCCUGUGCGUGGCGUGUUCCCUCGACCCCCAGUUCCACGGGCUGGGCUUCAUGGACGAGAAGGAGCAGAUGGCCACGUUCAAUUGGCUGAAGAAGGAGGCGGUGCGGCUCGCCAAGGAGGACAGGAAAAGGAGCAAAGCCAAUCAGGUGAAGCGAAGCUCCCCUCCCGUGUCCCCAGAGUCAGACAGCGAGCUCCUGCGAAGGAGCAAACGCCUAAAGGAGUGCCCCCCGAUCAACUUCAGGGAGCUGGUCGUGGACGACGAGCUCAGCGACGCGGGAGAAAUGGACGAAGGGGAGCCGCCGGACCCCGCCUCCCAGGCCGGCCUCUCGGGCAUGGAGUUCCUGCUGGGUGACCUGUUCUGCUCCACCCCCAGGAACAGGCAGAGCUCCGUGGAGGAGUCCGUGGACAUGGAGAUGUCCGUCUUCAGGGCCGACAGAGGGGCGUCGCUGGGAGUGGAGCCUCUGCAGUGGUGGAGGACCAAGGCGGUGCAGUUUCCGCUGCUGGCCUCGGUGGCGCGGGUUUACAUGGCCGCUCCGGCCGUGGCGGGAAACGCCGCCCAGGACUUUGUGCAGGAAGGACCCGGAACCACGAAUAGGAAGAGGUCGACCAUCCCUCCUGAAAGUUUGGACGCCCUCCUGUUUCUACACCACAAUCGCAUUUCCACCGCCGAGGCAGGCGGCCAGGAGUGACGGCGAGAACAGGCCUAGAAACUUUAGAGGGGGGGGGGGGGGGGGUUGCUCAUCCGCCGAACCGAGUCAUCCGCCGCUUCUGACUCUCUUGUCCCGCGCUAAAUUUAUAGCCUCGUCCAAAAUAAAAGCAUUUUCCCCCAGAAACGAAUCAUCUGCAAGAUGAUUUAAGUUUUGAAAACGGCAGCACUGUCAUCACGGAAAGCUAAUUAUCCCAUUUUACCUUCAUCUGACUUCACACU